GACGUCGCCAUAGCGGACCCGAGACCUUUCCCACGCACCGAGGCCCGGAGGCUGGGAAAGCGGCCGAGCCAGCUGUCCAGGAGCACUGCGCCCUCCCUGGGCUUCUCGGCGGUCUCCUGGGGCCUGGGGUCCCUUAUUAGGCGCCUCCUGGAUGCCUGCACUCGACUGGAGGAACCCACUUUCAACUGCGGGUGAACUAGACGUACAUGCGGGGAGGGGGCAGGGAGUCCACCAUCUCGGAGCAGACUACAAGUCCCAGCAGUCUCCGCGGCGGCGGCGGCGGGGAGGGGCACUUACCACAUGACGCCCUGCCACGUGCCGUGAUGUGUGCGGGCGGGCCCGAUGAGCCGCUACGUGCUGCCUCUGUCUGUAGCCGGGAGCCUCCUGGGGGCCGCUGUGCUUCUCCGGGACUCGGUCGUGGAGGGCGCUGCCCCAGCAAGGCCACCAUCCAUGGGAAGACGGUCAUCAUCACGGGGGCCAAUACUGGCAUUGGGAAGGAGACUGCCCGCGAGUUGGCCCGGAGGGGAGGCCGAGUCAUCCUGGCCUGUCGGGACUUAGCUAAGUGUGAGGCGGCUGCCAGGGAGAUCCGGGGGGACACUCUGAACCACCGCGUGGACGCCCGGCCCUUGGACCUGGCCUCUCUGAGCUCCGUCCGGGCCUUCGCCAAGCAGAUUGUGGAGGAGGAGGAGCGUGUGGACAUUCUUAUCAAUAAUGCCGCCGUGAUGCGGUGCCCCCACUGGACCACCGAGGAUGGCUUUGAGAUGCAGCUGGGCGUCAACCAUCUGGGCCACUUCCUGCUGACCAACCUGCUGCUGGAGAAGCUCCGGGCCUCGGGGGCCUCGCGGGUCAUCAGCGUGUCCUCGCUGGCCCACGCGGCCGGCCACGUGGACUUUGAGGACCUGAACUGGGAGCGGCGGCCCUACGAGCCCCGGGCCGCGUACUGCCAGAGCAAGCUGGCCCAGCUGCUGUUCACCCGCGAGCUGAGCCGGCGGCUGCAAGGGACGCGGGUCACCGCGAACUCGCUGCACCCCGGGGUGGCCAGCACCGAGCUGGGCAGACACACGGCCCUGCGGAACUCCGCCUUCUCCAGCACGGUCCUGGGCCCCUUCUUCUGGCUGCUGGUGAAGACGCCCAGCCUGGCCGCGCAGCCCAGCGUCUACCUGGCCGUGGCGCCGGAGCUCAGCGACGUCUCGGGCAAGUACUUCGACGCCUUCCGGGAGAAGCCGCCGGCCGCCCAGGCCCAGGACGACGAGGCGGCCCGGAAGCUCUGGGCCCACAGCGCCCGCCUGGUGGGGCUGGAGGAGGCCGCGGGGAGCAGCGGCGCUUAGAGAUCCCCCCGCCGCCCCCUCCUCACCUCAGCGGGCCCCGCCGUCCCCAGGGAAAGCCCAGAGGAAAGGCCACCCCAGUGUACAUCGCGGCCUGCUCCGGCCUCGGGACUCAGCCAGACCAGGGAGGCCUGGCCCCCCAAUCUCUGAGCCCCUCCUACCAGGACCCCCAAUCUCUGAGCCCCUCCGUCCAGACCCCCCAAUCUCUGAGCCCCUCCGUCCAGGCCCCCCAAUCUCUGAGCCCCUCCGUCCAGGCCCCCCAAUCUCUGAGCCCCUCCUACCAGGACCCCCAAUCUCUGAGCCCCUCCGUCCAGACCCCCCAAUCUCUGAGCCCCUCCGUCCAGGCCCCCCAAUCUCUGAGCCCCUCCGUCCAGGCCCCCCAAUCUCUGAGCCCCUCCUACCAGGACCCCCAAUCUCUGAGCCCCUCCAUCCAGGCCCCCCAAUCUCUGAGCCCCUCCGUCCAGGCCCCCCAAUCUCUGAGCCCCUCCGUCCAGACCCCCCAAUCUCUGAGCCCCUCCGUCCAGGCCCCCCAAUCUCUGAGCCCCUCCGUCCAGGCCCCCCAAUCUCUGAGCCCCUCCUACCAGGACCCCCAAUCUCUGAGCCCCUCCAUCCAGGCCCCCCAAUCUCUGAGCCCCUCCUACCAGGACCCCCAAUCUCUGAGCCCCUCCUACCAGGACCCCCAAUCUCUGAGCCCCUCCGUCCAGACCCCCCAAUCUCUGAGCCCCUCCGUCCAGGCCCCCCAAUCUCUGAGCCCCUCCGUCCAGACCCCCCAAUCUCUGAGCCCCUCCUACCAGGACCCCCAAUCUCUGAGCCCCUCCAUCCAGGCCCCCCAAUCUCUGAGCCCCUCCUGCAGGGCCCCUGGAACCCCAGUGUGUAUGUUCACAAGGAAAAGGCUGUGCUCAGCAAGGAUGGGAAAGUAAAGGGCUCGAGCCUGA